GGGCGAGCCCGUCCAAUCAUGUGACUCCAGAAUGGCGUAUAAAUAUGGGCGAGGAGAAGGCGGUGAGCCGCCAUUUCGUGGACACCGGGUGGAGUGGGUUUCUGUUGCAGCCGGGCCCGCCGCGGAGGGAGCAUCUGUGUCGGAGCGUGUGGAGUUGAACCUCCGCCUUUUUAAGAUUUCGAAAUGCAUCGUGAUUCCUGUCCAUUGGACUGUAAGGUUUAUGUAGGUAAUCUUGGAAACAAUGGCAACAAGACUGAAUUGGAACGGGCCUUUGGCUACUAUGGACCACUCCGAAGUGUGUGGGUUGCAAGAAACCCUCCUGGCUUUGCUUUUGUUGAAUUCGAAGACCCCCGGGAUGCAGCUGAUGCUGUCCGCGAGCUAGAUGGAAGAACACUGUGUGGCUGUCGUGUGAGAGUGGAGCUGUCGAAUGGCGAAAAAAGAAGUCGAAAUCGUGGUCCGCCUCCCUCUUGGGGUCGUCGCCCUCGAGACGAUUAUCGUCGGAGAAGUCCUCCACCUCGACGCAGAUCUCCAAGAAGGAGAAGCUUCUCUCGCAGCCGCAGCAGGUCCCUUUCUAGAGACAGGAGAAGAGAAAGAUCACUGUCUCGGGAGAGAAAUCACAAGCCGUCCCGCUCCUUCUCUAGGUCUCGGAGCCGAUCUAGGUCAAAUGAAAGAAAAUAGAAGACCAGUUUGCAAGAGAAGUAGUGUACAGGAAAUAACUUCCAUUUGCCAGGAGUAUGUACAGAAAAUUCAAGUUUUGUUUGAGACUUCAUAAGCUUGGUGCAUUUUUUAAGAUGUUUAGGUGUUCAAAUUUGUCUGUUGGAACAGUGGCACACAAAAAUUCUCUAUGGUUUGAAAUGGAUCAUAUGAGGCAUGUGAUACCAAGAAUUGUUACUUUACAAUGUUCCCUUAAGCAAGAUUGAAUUUAGUUUUGAACUUUAGUCUUACAUAGACUGACCUAAAUCUUGCCCAGCUAAAUAACACUGUCAGAAUUGACCUAAGAUGUACUUUCUUAUAGCUGGUUUAUUAGUAUGCAGCUUUAGAUAAACAAGCAGUUUGUAAAAGCUGCUGUGAUGUAAGCCAGCAGGUAAAGAUAAAAGCUGUAUGUUAAAAUAGAUUAGAGGUUUUGAAAAACCCAGAUAGUCUUAUCCUGGGCAGAUGUUGUCUAGUUGGUUUAGAAUUUGGUAAGUUUCAAGAUCGUUUACCUUCAUUUAGGUCAUAAAUCUAUUCUGUAAUUGCGAUCUUGUAUACAUUGCUGUUGUAUAACAGUCUAUUGGAAAACUUUUGAGAUUUCAAAAAAUACCAGCGUUCUGCCAGUUUAAGGGUACAUUGUAGAGCUGAACUUUGAGUUACUGUGCAAGAUUAUUUUUUCAUGCUGUCAUUUGUAAUAUGUUUUUGUGAGAAUCCUUGGGAUUAAAGUUUUGGUUACAAAUUGUUUUUUAACUUGAAAGCCUUUUUCCUUGCAAACUCAAAUCUCUGAGCUGGUACAAAGUCCAGGUAUAACAUUCCUAUUGGAAGCCAUACUUAUAUUUUCUUGUAAAGUGCUUUUGAAUUAAUAAAAUAUUAGUGUAAUUGUGUAAUAGUUAAACCCACAGUUAACCAUUAUUCUUAUCCCAUGGAAGGCAGUUGGUUAUGAAAUUCUUGCAAGAAACACAAAUGAGGCAUUAUAGAAUAGUCUGGAGACAAAGGAGAUUUUACUAAAUUUUUUUAAGGAGUUGAAGUAAGUACAGUUUGUGUGGUAAAUUAGUGACCAACAUUUUAUAGCAGCAACCUGGUACAUUGUUAAACUCCCACUACCCCCUACCAAAAAUUUUUUUAUAAAAUGGCUUUAUUGAUAGCAUGAAAUCAUAACACAAGGUAUUAAAAAAGAUUGCUUCCAUUUUAUAAUUUGAGGUAUUGCAUGAUAAUUUUAGACUGGUUCAUCACAUUGUAACAUUCACAAUAUGAUUCAAAUGUAACAGUGCAGACAUGAAUAUGGAGGCAUGCAUCACUUUCCUCUUAGAAAUUGGGAUGCGCUGUAAUUUCAAGAUUUCUGUGCAAUUAGAUUAAAUCAUAAUGCAAAGUCAUGUGGCUUAGUUUCCUUAAAUGUGCUCCUUUAAGAUAGUUUUGGAUGAUGCUGUACUGAGUUGUCUUCAGUACACAGAAUGAGUCUCACUGCAUUGAGAGCUCAAUUUCUACAAUGUUAUAAGGUAGAGAUCCUAAAUAUACACUUUCCAAGUUGGUCUUGUUAACCUUCCAAAUAGCAAGGGAGAAGAGAAUUGAUGUCAGAAAGGUUGAUGGGAAGAGUGUUAGUACUUCCGUGUCUUGAAGGAAGAAACUAGGCUUGGAAUUUGGUUGACUGGGCACUUGCUCUGAAUCUUGUCUGGUUGUAUCCAGUUGGCCUAUAUUGUUAACAAGCCAAGCUAGUUAAGAAGUAAUGGAAGUAUGUACACUUAAUAAAUGGGCUUGAGAUUCUCAAAUUGGAAGGUAUAAAGGACAGUGAUCAUGGGUAGAAGGUGGCUGAUAAGUAGUAAGUAACUGAAGUAAAGUUGGCCUCAUUAGGGAGUUAACCCUGAAUUUGGUCAUUAAGGUAUAAUUACAGAAGCCCUAACAAUUUUAUGGCUUAAGGUAAAUGUGGACCAUGGAAAUUGCACAUUUAGAUUGGCUGAAGUUUUAAAGCUACUAUAAAAUGUAGAAAUCCCAGGUCAGGCUAACCAACUUGUGAGAUGAGGAUAAUACCCAAAGUGGAAUCACUUGUAUGUAAUGAUUACAGGUGUCCAUUGGAGAUCACUUAGUGAUAAGUAAACAUUAAAGAGCUUUUUGAGAAUA